GUGCGCGGCGCGGUCAUGCGGGGUCUCGGGCCCGCCACGCUCGCCGCGCUGCUGGCGCCGCUGCUGCUGGGCUCCGCGCUUCGCUUCCGCAGCAGGAGAGCUGGGUCUCGUCUUCCCCCACGGAGCUGGACUCUGCAAGCCUCUGGGCCUGCCUCCCAGAGGACGUUCGCGCUGGACUACAAGCACAACUGCUUCCUCAAGGAUGGCCAGCCGUUUCGCUACAUCUCGGGGAGCAUCCACUACUUCCGGGUACCCCGCUUCUACUGGGAGGACCGGCUGCUGAAGAUGAAGAUGGCUGGGCUGAAUGCCAUCCAGACGUAUGUUCCCUGGAACUUUCACGAGCCUCAGCCAGGGCAAUAUCAGUUUUCGGGGGACCAUGAUGUGGAACAUUUCAUUCGGCUGGCUCACGAGCUGGGACUGCUGGUCAUCCUGAGGCCCGGACCCUACAUCUGUGCAGAAUGGGACAUGGGGGGAUUACCUGCUUGGCUACUAGAGAAUGAAUCUAUUACCCUCCGUUCUUCAGACCCAGCUUACAUUGCAGCUGUGGAAAAGUGGUUGGCCGUCCUUCUGCCCAAGAUGAAGCCUUUCCUCUAUCAGAACGGAGGGCCCAUUAUAACAGUGCAGGUUGAAAAUGAAUAUGGCUCCUACUUCUCCUGUGAUUAUGACUACAUGCGCAUCCUGCUAAAAAUCUUCCGCUCCCACCUAGGUAAUGAUGUGGUUUUGUUCACCACUGAUGGCGCCUAUGAACGUGUUCUACUGUGUGGGAGCCUGCAGGACCUCUAUGCCACCGUGGACUUUGGAACAAACCAGCCUGGUCCGUGGACAGACACUCCGCUCAGGUGGAUCCACCUGCAUGGCUGA